CUUUGUAACCACACCCACUUAAUCUCAUCUUUCUCUCUUUAUACCUGAGUGAGUUUUGAUAGCAGUCAUUUUAUAGUGGCUGUUUGUUUAACAGGAUGUUCCCAAAUGCUUUUCUACUUAAUACAAUAGGAUGACUCCCUGUUUUAAUUUUUUUAACCAUGUUUCAAAUGGUUUAUUUUGAUCCAAGGACUAUGGGAUUGUUUUUCUUAGGCUGGUGGUGAAUGUUGCAAGAAACUGUUCACGUAUAUUUAAAGGGCUUCACUACCAUAUCUCUUGGCAAAGCUGACAGGACUCAUUUGGCACCUGCUAUUACAUCUGACUACCCGUAAUCUUGGAAAAUAAACUAAAGGAAGUUCCUAAGCACUGAACAUCAAGGAAUGUUGUACAUUUAAUGACCUGUAGAUUGUAAUGGUGAUGUACGUGAAGUUGUACAGACUCUAAUACAAAGGUCCUAAACAAAAUGCCCACCUUUAGCCAUCAUUUGGCGAUGUGUUGAGAAUACGAAAAUGGUCCAUGGUGCUUGGAUUCCAUAGUGAAUGGCUAGAAUCAGCUAGUUUUGCACUAGCAUAUGUAAUGGACUGAUGUGCAUCCACAAGUGCUCGCAUAUGGGGGUCAAGUAUGUUCUUGUGAAUCUUUGGCACUCUUUGGCACUCCAAACAUUCUCGGAAUUUUCAGAAACAACAUUGUUAAAUCGUUUAAGGUGCUUAUGUCAAUGUGUGCCUCCAAGAACAUGUCAUUUAAGUACAUAUUAAUCCUACGGUGUCUCUAACCACAGGCUAGCAGCAGUAAAAAACAUAACCAACAGAAGACAGUACUCCAGACAUCUGACCCUGUAAUUGUCAUUGCUUCAAUUCAUGCUCUAGCAAAAUAUGAAACUACCUCUGUCAACAACUACUACUGCUGUAGAGUGUGUGUACAUCCUCAUCAUGGGGUCUUCAUAACAAAUGUCCCUCUACAGAUUGACUUAAGAUGGUUAUAAAAAAAUGACACUGCAUUUUCUGCCUUAGUUGAGACAUAUUCAUAAAAAUCAAAAAGAACAAUACAGAAAUGUUUAUUGGCCUUAGGAGAGGCAGAAAAUGCCAGUUGAUUCAUCUAUUUUGCAUAUGUUUUAUAAUGUCUCUUCUUCUGAUCUACUGGGAACAACUUGAUACCCAUGUUGUGAGCCACAUGAAGUCUUAUUCCUAUCGGUAUAUGAUAAACCAGUAUAAUUUUUUAAAUGACAGCUUGUCUGUUAGCAACCAGGAAGCUGCUACUCUUGUAGAAUAUCCAUACUUGAUCAACCAGGAAAAGAAAUGUAAAAGUCAGGAUGUUCUUCUAGUGUUGUUUGUAAAGACCCCACCAGAGAACCAGCAGCGACGGGAUACUAUUCGAAGAACUUGGGGAAAUGAAAAGUACAUCCGAUCCGAACUAAAGGUUAAUGUCAAGAUUGUGUUUGUCUUAGGAGUACACAAAGAUCCAUUAAAAAGGCAAGGCAUGCAGAAGAGACUACUGAAGGAAAAUGACAUCUACUCUGAUCUUGUGCAGCAGAAUUUUCUUGACACUUUUCAUAAUCUUACCCAGAAAUUUAUUUUGCAGAUGAAGUGGGCAAACACAUUUUGUCAACAUGCCAAUUUUGUGAUGUCUGCUGAUGAUGAUGUCUUUAUACACAUGCCAAAUCUUGUUGCAUACCUCCAAGACCAGCUUCACACAGGUGUCCAAAACUUCUGGAUCGGACGUGUCCACCGGGGAGCUCCACCAAUUAGGGACAAGCACAGCAAGUACUAUGUCUCUCAUAAACUGUAUCAGUGGAUUUCUUAUCCAGAUUAUACAGCAGGAGCUGCUUACGUCAUGUCCAAUGAUGUGGCUGCAAAAGUGUACACUGCUGCCAAGACGCUCAAAAUAAGUCUCUAUAUAGAUGAUGUUUUUAUGGGAAUUUGUGCAAAUAAAAUGGGAAUUUCUCCACAGUAUUAUCCUUAUUUUUCUGGGGAAGGGAAGGCUCCUUAUCAUCCAUGUAUUUAUAAUAAGAUGAUAACUUCUCAUGGACAUCUGAAAGAUAUGUUCUACCUUUGGAAAGAGACUACAGAUCCAAAGAUGGCCUCUCUUUCCUCUGGGUUUUGGGGAAGGCUAUACUGCAGGGUUAUUAACAUAAUUCUUCUCUGUAAACCUUAUUAUGUGGACACAUAUCCCUGCAGAGCUGCAUUCCUAUAGUAAGAGCCAAAACAGUCUUGUAACUGCAUUAAAAUACUACUGAAUCCUUGCACAUUUGAGUUGGUUCACAGAUGGACUCUUGAAACAGAUGUUUCAUUUUUGCACCUGGACACUUGAUGUACUUUUUGAUGGGUUGGUUAAUGUUUACUUUUCUUCUUAUUUUCAUACAGACUUUUCUGAGAGGUUUAUGAGCUUUUUUCCUUGGAAUUUUAAUACAGAAAUAUGUGAUAUUUAUUGUGAAUUGUGACCAGUACAGUUUACAGUUUUUGAGGGGUGGUGGAUGCAAAUAUGUUUAGAGGCAUCAGGCAGCUGCAACUACAGUUCACUGUUACUCCUUUAACUUUAAUAAAUGUAUAGUACUCCAGGAUGAAAACAGUAUUUUACAUGUAAAUGUUCUCUCUAAAUAAAAUUAAAAACAAUUGUA